CGCAUGAAUCUCCCGCCCUUCACCAGAGCCCUGCUCCUCGUCGUCGUCUCCCUCUCCACCCUCAACGCCGUGUUGCGAACGAAUAAAUGGCGGAACUCCCUUGAUUCAACUCCUUCCGCGACUACAGUUGGCAACUAUUUAUCCAGUCCACAAUGGGCCAUACCAUAUCUCGUCUUCGUUCCGACCAAGAGCAUAGUAUUUCCAUGGACAGCUUUGACUGGCGCAUUGGUGGAGAACAACAUUGCAUCACUUGCCAUCAGUGCCUGCGUGAUCUUCUUUGGUGGGAGAUACCUCGAGCGAGCAUGGGGCAGCAAAGAGUUUGGAAAGUUCGUGCUGUUUGUCACCAUGAUACCCAACAUCAUUACCUUCCUGAUAUAUGCUGCAUGGCACGCGAUCGUGGGAAACAUUCCUGAAUACCCAACGCCCUUGAACGGACUGGUCGCACUGGAGGCUGGCUUUCUCGUCUCACUGAAGCAACUCGUCCCGGAGCACACAGUCUCAAUCUUCAAAGGCGUCAUUCGUAUGCGCAUCAAGCACUUUCCUGCCGUCUUCGUUCUAGCAAACAUGCUUUCCGGCCCUCUGCUUGGCACUGACACCGCGCUUUGGCUCAGCUUGUUUGGCUUCUUCACUUCCUGGAUCUACCUACGCUUCUUCAGGAUAUCCGAGAUCACUAGCACGGCGACAGGAGGCGAUGCGACUAUCAUGAAAGGCGAUGCGAGUGACACCUUCGCAUUUGUGGCAUUCUUUCCAGAUGCCAUACAUCCAUUCCUCGCCCCAGUCUGCGAUACUAUCUAUACUAUUCUGGUUCAGUUACGACUAUGCACUCCAUUCUCUGACGAGGCAAUUGAAGCGGGCAACGAGAAUGCGGCAUCCCGAUCCGAAGGCGGCUUGCCAAGCAUUAUGGAUGGCCGUGGAGGAGGGGGCAGACGAGCAGAAGCUGAGAGACGGCGAGCCCUGGCCUUGAAGGCCCUUGACCAAAGACUUAAUGCAGCCGCGGCGAGCAGAACGACCACAGCCCCAGUG